CUUAUGAGGAGAGACUCUGGGACCUGGGUCUGUUUGGUCUGGAGAAGAGAAGACUGGGAGGGGAUCUCAUCAAUACAUAGAAAUAUCUCCAAGGUGGGUGCCAAGCGGAUGGCGCCAGACAAAUUUCAGAGGAGCCUGGUGGCACAGCAUAGAGUAAUGGCCCUGAACUAAAACACAGGAAGUUUCAGCUUAACACGAAGAAAUUCUUUAUACUGAGGGUGACAAAGCACUGGAACAGCUGCCUGGGGACAUGGUGGAGUCUCCGUCUUUGGAGACACUUAAAACCCACCUGGACACAUUUCUUGUGUCACCUGCUUUAGGUGACCCUGCUUUGGCAGGGGGUUUGUACUGGGUGAUCUCCAGAGGUCCUUUCCAACCCUAACAAUUCUGUAAUACUGCGUGAGAUAAGCAACGUCUUGUUUUUCAUUUUACCACCCAUAUGUAUGUGCUUGUUUCGUCAAUAUGCAAUCUGCUUCAACAGUGGAAUAUAUUUAAUAUGGAUUCUGCUAGUCGUGGUUGGAAUUGGAUCUGUAUAUUUUCACGCCACCCUCAGUUUCUUGGGCCAGAUGCUGGAUGAGCUGGCUGUUCUCUGGGUUUUGAUGUGUGCUCUUGCUAUGUGGUUCCCUAGAAGAUACCUCCCCAGAGUUUUUCGAAAUGACAGAAGCCGAUUUAAAGCUGCUGUGGGUGUCCUGUCUGGAGUUACCACCUGCCUGGCCUUCGUUAAGCCUGCCAUUAACAACAUCUCGCUAAUGACCCUGGGAGUUCCCUGCACAGCUUUGCUCAUUGUUGAGUUGAAGAGGUGUGAAAACCUGCGUGUAUACAAAUUGGGUCUCUUUUCAGGUCUUUGGUGGAUGCUAGCACUUUUCUGCUGGAUCAGUGACAAAGCGUUUUGUGAAAUUUGGUCCUCAUUUAACUUUCCCUAUUUGCACUGUGCGUGGCACAUUUUGAUUUGCCUUGCGGCAUAUCUGGGAUGUGUCUGCUUUGCUUACUUCGAUGCUGCCUCUGAGAUCCCUGAGCAGGGCCCUGUCAUAAAGUUCUGGCCUAGUGAAAGGUGGGCAUUCAUUGGAGUUCCCUAUGUCACCCUUCUCUGCGCACACAAAAAAAGAUCUGUGAAGAUUACAUGAAGUUGGAAGCCGUGGAAUGGGGAUGGAUUUUCAACUUACAUUCCAGCACAGACAAUAUUUAUAUAAUGAUAAAUGACUAGUGUUGUAUUGUCUCUUCUUCCUAGGAUAGGCAGCACUUCAAGUAUCAUAGGAAGAGGGAAGUGUGUUUAUUCCUCUCUGAAGAAGAGAGAGGAAGCAGGAACAUGGGGGCACUUUAAUACUAAAGUAACAAAAUGGCUUCUUUGUUUUUUGUGCCGUGUUUUUGAUGCAGCAUAAAAGCUCUUUUUGAAAUACCAGAGUCAAGGAAUGAUUUUUUGUAAUAGGUCACCUUUGGUGCUUGAUCCAAUUCUUUUGUAACUUUCUUUGCAAAAGAAAGCAGUCCAAGAUGCCUACAUGCCAUCCUGUGUCCUUCUUAGCUCUGAUUUUGCUGCAUUUACACAUGGCCACAAGAGUGUGCUCGAAGCCCAUGCUGUUCCCAGCCUGGUGUGGCACCCAGGCUGUGCAUUGCUUUGGAUCACAUAAUGCAUGCUUCCCCGGUACAACAAGGGAUGAGUGUUUGCAGAUGGAUGACUCUGUAAGUGUAGUUAGGCUAUGUAAAUGCAGAGGGAGCUGACAGAAGUCCCUAAAGCUAGGUAGGAGUUCAAGGAUUUUAUUUUAUUUCUACUGUCAUGUGACUACUUGUAUGCUGCAUAUUUCUUUCUUGCAGAAAUGUCACAGAAAUACCUCUCUACCUCUUGAGACAUGCUUGAUUUUGAAUUUGGCAUUGAAGUGCUCACAAAAGUGUGAACAUUACCUUCAGUAAGAUCUCAGGUCAGCAUUGAUUGACAGUGUGAUUAAACUAUAAAAACUCAUAGGUGCCUAGCUGCACGUCUAAUUUGAGACCUGACUUCUCACCAAUGCAUUGCAAAGUGAUGUAAAAAAUAUUCCAGUGCUCUGCUGGUUAUACUUAGGAAAAAAGUAGGUAACUGCUU